AUGGGGAUAUUACAGGGCGACUAUGGGUUCCAGCUCGCCAGCGAUCUGGAGGCGAUCGCGGCGUGGAGGCCAUGGCUGGGCGAUCACCUCUACUCGGAGCUGCGAAUCCACCUUGCCACGCCCUCCGCCUGGUCGGCAUUCAUGAGAGGAAACGAUGGCAGCAACAGCGGCCGCUUGCGCUUACAGCUCCGGGUGCGUGCUCUUCUCUAUGACAAGGCGCUCGAGCUCCAGGACACAAGGAUCUCUUCCCCCGCCAGCCUACAGCUCCAGCCCGACAGCGUCUAUUUCACUCUGGAACACGACGCCUCGGACUGGGUCAGACUCCAGGCAGAGAGAGCUCCUACCAUGGCUGCUCUUCAAGCCAAGUAUGGAUUGGACAACCGCGAUACUUUGAGCCCGCAUUUUGCAGUAGGGGAUGGGAAGCAAAAAUCACAGCUGCGAAAGACUGCCAUCAAUACCAUCAAACAGGGACGAAGCAGUCCUGGUUUUCGUGGCGUUGAGCAGUCGAAGCUUUUUUCCAGAAGCUCUCGCGAGCUCGAUGCAGAAAAGAGCAGCAUGGACUGUGACUUGUGGUACGACCAAUGGUUUGACAAACACCUUAGCGAGAGGAUGAACCGUCUCGCAAGGCGUCUGGCUCAGCAGAAACUUCCGUUUUCCGAUCAGGAGGCACUGAAACGAACACCCGAAGGCAUGGCAGCCUUUCUCAAGCUGACCACAAAGGCUCUAAAGAGACAACACCUUUCAGCCGGGAACGAUAUAUCGUUGGGCCACGAAAGGGAACAGGAAUCUUUCGAUGGCGAGCUCAGCAUUCUUCCGGAGUUGACGUCCAUUUCGAGCUGUGUUCCGGAGAAUCCUUGCCCCGCCACAUGCGUGAGUGGGGCUUGCAGUCUUCAGCAGUCCCUGGAAUCUGCUGCCGGUGGUGAGGCAUCCGUUUUAUCUGGACUUUCCAGCCAGCUUGUGAGAUCAGGGACAUCAGCGAGGAAAGCCAAAGUGUCGUCAGCAGAUGCAGAGAUUCUAAGCCAGCAGACGAUUGCGAGAAUUCUCGAGACUCAUGGUUUCGAAGGCGUAAGACAGGUACCGAUGGAGAUAUUCUCUGAGGUGAUGGCUUUGCACAUUCGAAAGCUAGGGAGCUGGCUGAGAAUGCUGAUUGAUAGUUACCAGAAGCAUCUAUCCACGGACGAGCUGCUCAGGAUGUUCAUUCAGAGGCUUGUUUCUCAUCCUGCCCGGGAAAACUCCGAUGUUGGAGGAAGUCUCCGAGAUCUGGCAGAAUACUUGAAGAACGAAAAAAGUCGUACUUCUCAAGUAGUACAAAUAGAUGCGCAAAUGAGUAACCAGUUGCAUCAGUUACACGCACAGUCGCGGAAUCUGGCAGCAUUUCAGCGCAGCAUGUACCUAGAGAACCCUUUAAAAAAGAAACAAUUGCCGUCUCUUCGAGCAAAACGGCAGGCCGAGGAUCAUACGACUUUCGAAAUGAAACCGUAUGUGUCAACACUGACAAAGCAGCCAUGGAUUCCUCAGCAAAUACAAGCUUCAAGUCACUCUCAGGUUAUGCAGCAUUUACAGCAGCAAGCAUCGUCUUUACACCUCCCUGGUGUUCAAGCGUCGCCCAAGCUUUCAAACGCAAGAAUUGACGGACUUCAUGAGAUUUUGGGGUCUGACGUGAUGAAGCAUGAGAAUCCGGAUGAUCUGGACGGAACACUUGGCUCCCCAAACAAGAGAAAACGCAAGGAAUACUGAAACAUCGCUCUUUGGUGUGCUGGCCAUUCUGGGCCAGAGCAUGGUGUUGUUGUCGUCGAUUGGCUUUGAAACGGUGCUAUCGUUCUCUUGGAAUUAUGAGCAGCCUUUUUCCGCAUUUA